AUGGCACAAUCAGUCCCACCAGGAGAUAUCCAAACCCAACCAAACGCCAAGAUCGUCUUCAAUGCUCCAUACGAUGACAAGCACACCUAUCACAUCAAGGUGAUUAACUCGUCGGCUCGUCGUAUUGGAUAUGGAAUCAAGACGACCAACAUGAAGAGACUUGGAGUUGACCCACCAUGUGGUGUUCUUGACCCGAAGGAGGCAGUUCUUCUCGCCGUCUCUUGCGAUGCCUUCGCUUUUGGACAAGAGGAUACCAACAACGAUCGUAUCACCGUUGAAUGGACCAACACCCCAGAUGGAGCCGCCAAGCAGUUCCGUCGUGAAUGGUUCCAAGGAGACGGAAUGGUUCGCAGAAAGAACUUGCCAAUUGAGUACAACCCUUGA